AUGAAUCAUACGAAGACUUUGCUCUCCAUUACCGAAGUUCGUCCCCACCUUUUUUUGGCCGGUUAUGGAUGCAUUACUCCUUCCCUGCUGAAACAAUACAACAUCACACAUGCCGUAGAAUGCACAAAUAUGAAAACAAAGCCAAUUCCUGGCUUGGAAAGGCUGGAGGUGCCGGUUGAAGAUAACACAUUAGCUAAAAUUGGUCAGUAUUUCGAGCCGGUUGUGAAGUUUAUAGAAGAUGCCAAGCAAAAAGGACAUAACACGGUCAUCUACUGUGCGGCAGGUGUUAGCAGAAGUCCCACGCUUACAAUUGUCUAUUUGAUGGUCACCGAAAACUUGUCAUUAGAAGAAGCGUAUCUUCAUGUUAAUAAGGUUCGUCCAAUCAUCUCCCCGAACAUUGGAUUCUGGAGACAAAUGAUUGAUUUCGAGAAACAACGCAAUGGAAACGCAACCGUUGAACUGAUCAGCGGUCGAAUGGCACGUCCGGUUCCAAGUGUCUAUUUGAGAAGAGCUGUUUGCUGA